CUUUGCGCCUGCGCGCAGCCGCAACCGCCAGUCAGCUCUCCUCCCCUCCCCUCCCUCCCCUUUCCCCUCUCCCCCCUCCUCCUCUGCCUCCUAGAGCGAGACACCAAUAUGGAGCCUGAAGACCUACCAUGGCCGGGAGAGCUCGAGGAGGAGGAGGAGGAGGAGGAGGAGACGGAAGAGGCGGAGGAGGGGGCAAACCUGGACUCGGACGAGGUGGUGAUGGUGGAGGAGGUGGAGGAAGAAGAGAGGAGGUACCUGGACUUGGACUUUAGUAACUACGAGAGCCAGCCUCCGGAGAGUACCGACGACGAGGAAGACGAGGAGGCCAAGGCCUGGCUGCAGGCGCAUCCCGAAGGGCCUUUGCCUCCGUCGUCGGUCCCGAGGCACCGCUACUCGGAGGACCAGCGGACCGGCCCGGAGAAGGUUGUUCCAUUGACCUGUCAUGUAUGGCAACAGCCACUAUAUCAAGGCAAUAGUAGGACACAGAUUUCUAAUACUACUGUGGUCUCUGUGGAAAAAACAGCUCGGUGGAGGUCUAAGGCUGAUCAGAGAACAGAAUGUUGGCAGUAUCUUCCUCAAGAGAUGGACUCUUCCCACACCUUGGAUAUGACCCAGACCAGGUUUAAUAUGAGAGAGGAAGGGACCGAAGUGACAGACCUCGCCUCUGUGGAGGAAGGUAUAUUGACCCAACCAGAAAAUCAAGGAAAGGAACCCAAGAGAGGUCUCUUAUGUUCGCCGCUGCUAGUCAUACAAGACAACUUUGCUUCCCCUGAUUUGCCUUUGCUGACAUGUAUGACACAAGAUCAAGAGUUUGGGUCUGAUUCCUUAUUUCAACAAAGCGAACUAGAUUUUGCACCUGUGAGGGGAAUUCCUGGUAAGUCUGAAGAUACUGAAUGGUUUUCUCGACCAUCGGAAGUUAGUGAAGCUUUAUUCCAGGCAGCCUCAGAAGUAGCUUCAGACUUAGUUAACAGUUGCAUUAGUGUAUCUCAGCACUCGCUUAUAGCUAGUACAACUGUUGAGUGUCGGCACUCUUUUUUACCUUUUGAACAAGGAAUUAAAGAAGAGACCCCUUCAUCUGAUACAGUUGAUGAACUGAAAACCCCCAAUGACUUCGAUAGUUAUGAUGCUCUUUGUUCCUGUAUGGCAUGGAAGACACAAGAAGUUCAGGAGCCAGAAGUCAGUUUAGCUGAUAAAGGUCAAGUUUCUGUUUCGACCUCAUCUUAUACAAGUGAUGAAUACAUGACUCCUGAAGGAAGUGACAGUUUUGAUGCUUCUUGUUCGUAUGUGCAGUAUUGGAAACAGAAAGCUUCACAGCAGUCAGAAAAUUAUCUAACCAGUAAGGAUCAUGAUUCUUAUUCAGAUUCAUCCGACACAAUUGAUAAAAACAAAAUUCCUAAGGGAAGUGACAGUUUUCAUGCUCCUUUUUCAUGUACGCCAUGGAGCAAACGGAAAGUUUCACACCAUCCAGAAACAUAUGUGAUCAGUAAGGACUGUGUGUCUUUUCCCCAUGAAGUUGCUCCUCAUUUUAAUAACAGAAUAUCACAUUCUUUCUUGCAUUGUCUGUUGGAAAGAAGAGGAAAGGGCAUUCCAUUGACAGCUCACAAUCAUUAUUUUGGGAGUGUUUAUUUAAGGGCUCCAGCUGAGAAUGAGGUGAAAGAAAUGAUGGGGUAUGAAAGAAAUGAAGAAGGUCUGGAGAAAGAACUAUCUCAAGGUUUUGAACAAAAGGAGAGUAAAAGUACUUCAGUAUUUCCCGAGAUGCAUCCCCGAUCUUCAGAAAUACAAUUAUUUGAGAAUGUUGUAGUUCCUGAUAAUUCUGUAAAAGUUUCGGAAAUAGAUACACACUCUAGGCAACAUGGUACCUCUAAGAUGGAGGUUUCUGGUGGUCCUCUUAAGACGAUUAAAUCCAACUUGGAUGAGACAUCAGAACAACCGUAUUUACAAGAGGAAAGAUACCAAAGGGCAGCUUCUGCUUUUGGUGGAAAUAGUGUUGAUGCUUCUGAAAAUGUAGCCUUUGAGGUAGUUAUUGCCUCUAUUGAGCCUUCCAAGAAAGACAGUACAGUAAAUGAAAUCCAAACUGACAUUAGUAAGUCUUUAAUAAAUGACAGCCAAGAACGUGAACCAAAAAAUUCACAUCUUUCUCUAUUAAAUUAUAAUGGUGAAAACUCUUUGUUUGAUGAGCUCAGUCAUUCGCUUUAUCAGUCUACUCCUGGGGUGUUUGAAUUAGCGGCUUCAAAACCAUUGUUGCAUAAAAAAGAUAAUAGUGAUAGCUCCCUGUAUUGGCAUCUUGAUUUAAAAUCCCUCCCCAGUGCUCCUCAGGAAAUGUUCAUUAAGCCACUUUCUCUUCCAGAGCUUAAGUCAUCUGCUUCUUUAAGUGAAAAAUCUCACAGCCAAGCUGCUGGUCUUGGCAAAGCACAGUCAGAUUUAUUUCAGUGCGAUCUAGACAAUGAACCAUUUCUUCCCAUUGGGAAGAUAAAGUCUGGUCCUGAUCUUGACCUUGCAGAGAAGGCAGGAUCUUCAAACAUUUUUUAUCCAAUGAAAGUAUCAACUUCAGAUUCUUUGGUUUUACAAGAUUUAAGAAGAUUUGAAGAAAUUGCGGAUUCCUCAAACUAUAUUUUGGUUAAGAAUGUAAACUCUAGUAACAUCAUUGAAGGUCCUUCUGCAGGUGUAGGAGGUGGCUUUUCAGCAAACUUGGUGACAAGUGAUGCUAAGUCACAAGGUGCUUUACCAAUGACCAGUAAUGCAUCAUUAAUUCCAGUCGGCCAAGAGUCAUUGCUGAAAGCUGAUGUAGGCCAAGAUAAAAUUCCUCAGCCUAUGGGAGACAAAUCCUAUUUUACUAUACAUACAGUUAUGCAAAACGACUCCUAUUUUGUAGAGGGCCUGCAGGGGAAGGCUGAAUCUGAGACCUCUACUCUGGGUGAUGAUACUGAAUGCUGUGACCUAGAUGAAAAUGCUAUUGUGGGCAGUACAAGAGCUGCUGAUCUACAAAGAGAGGUGUGCGAACAAGGUGACUUGCCUGUUGAGUGCAUUGAGCUAGCAGGUUUUAAAAAUGUGCUUGAUGAUCUGGAGGUUUGUGACAGCUCCCUGCACAGGCAGUCUGCCUUAGAACUGCCAUCAAAGGAAGAGAGUGAUUUUGAAGAGCCUGUAGGUUGUUCUAAUACGGACACUAAUCAGACUUUUUCAUCCACAUUGCCUCCAUUUACUCCUGAUGAGCCAACCAUAGAGUUGGAGUAUCACUCCUCAGAUCUCAGGAUGUUGAGGGUAUCUCCUGACACUUUGCAAAAGUCUCUCAAACAUAUAGCAGGAGAUACUUCUAAAGGAGGCAUACCUGAAGUUACUCAUUCCAACUCGAAACCAGGCAUCACUGCUACUGCUGGAGAUUCAGAUACUGGAUCUCUUUUAUCCUUCUUCCCCAAGGACUUUCCUCAGUUGGCUUUAAGGUCUCCUCAAGAGAAUACUGUUGGUCAGCAUACUGAUACACUCAACCAGCAGGCACCAGUAGAUAGUAAGAUAAGUGAAGAGAUUCUAAAACUUUCAGCUGUUAGUGAACUAGCUGACCAGAAGACUGGGAUAUCAACAGUACCCUCUAGUUCCUACUCACAAAGAGGGAAGCCCAAUAUUUUCUACCCACAAGCCUUACCAGACAGUCAUCUAACUGAAGAGGCUCUAAAAGUUUUGGCUGUUCCUGGUCCUGCUGUGCAGAAGGGUGGCAUACCUACAGUCCUUCCAAGCUCCUACUCACAUGGAGAGAAGCAUAAUGUCUUCUACCAACAGGCCCCGCCAGACAGUCAUCUAACUGAGGAGGCUCUGAAAGUUUUGGGUGUUCUUCAUCCUUCUGACCAGAAGACUGGCAUACCUGCUGUCCUUCCAAGUUCCUACUCACGUAGAGAGAAGCAUAAUAUCUUCUACCAGCAGGCACCGCCAGACAAUCAUCUCACUAAAGAGACUGUAAAAGUUUCGGGUGUUUCUGGUUCUCCUGUCCAGAAGAGUGGCAUACCUACUGUCCUUCCAAGUCCUUACUCACGUGGAGAGAAACAUAGUAUUUUCCACCCUCAGGCCUUGCCAGACAGUCAUCUAACUGAAGAGACUCUGAAAAUUUCAGCUGUUCCCGUAUCUGCUGACCAGGGGACUGAAAAGACGAUAGUUCCUUCUAGUUCCUAUUCACGAAGAGAGAAGCACAUUAUUUUCUCCCAGCAACAGUUGUCAGAUGGUCAUCUAACUAAACAGGUUCUGAAAGUUUCAUUUGUUCCUCGGCCAGCUGAUCAAAACACUGGGAUACCUACAUUAUCUUCACAUUCCUACCCACUUGGAGAGAGGCCCGAUAUCUUUUACCAACAGGUCUUGCCAGAUAGUCAUUUAAUUGAACAGACUCAGAAAAUUGUGGCUCUUUCUGAACCAGCUGACCAGAAGACUAGGAUACCCUCUACUUCUUACUCACACAGAGAGAGGCCCCCUAUUUUCUAUCAACAGACAUUGCCAGAAAGUCAUCUAACUGAACAGGCUCUGAAAUUUUCUGCUUCUGGAUCCACUGAGCAGAAGAUUGGGAUACCAACCUCUACUUUACUCUCACGUAGAGACAAGUCCAGUAUUUUCUACAAACAGGAGUUGCCAGAUAGUCAUCUAAUUGAACAGGCUCAGAAAGUUCCAUCUGUUCCCGGACCAGCUGACCAGGAUACUGGGAUACCAGUAGUGCCCUCUAGGCCCUACUCUCUUGGCGAAAAGCCCAAUGUUUUCUAUCAGCAGGUAUUACCAGAUAGUUCUCUAACUGAAGAGGCUCUGAAAGCUUCAUCUGCUCCUAGGCCAGGUGACCAGAAGACUGGGAUACCAGCAGUAUCCUGUAGUUCCUACUCACAUAGAGAGAAGCCUGGUAUUUUCUACCAAAAGGUCUUACCAAGCAGUCAUCAAUCUGAAGAGGCUCUGAAAGUUUCAGUUGCUUCUGAACCAGCUGAAAAAAAUAGUGGGUUACUAUCAGAAGCUUCUAAUUUCUACUCACAUAGAGAGAAGCACAAUAUUUUCUACGAACAGGAGUUGACAGACAGUUCUCUAACUGAACAGGCUCAGAAAGUUUCACCUGUUCCUGAACCUACUGACCAGAAGACCAAGAUAUCAACAAUAACUUCUUCUUACUCGGAUGUAGAAAAGCCCUUUAUUUUCUACCCACAGAGCUUGCCAGACAGUCAUCUGCCUGAAGAAGCUCUAAAAGUUACAGGUGUUUCUGAACCCACUGACCAGAAGACUGGAAUACCAGUAGUUCCCUCUACUUCCUACUCAUCUAAGGAGAAGCCCAUUUUUUCCCCUCAGGCCUUGCCAGGCAGCCAGUUACUUGAAGAGGCUCUGAAUAUUUCAGCUAUUUCUGGAUCAGCUGACCAGAAGACUGGGUUGCCAUUAGAACCUUCUAGUUCCUGCCCACCUAGAGAGAAGCCCAUUACUUUAUACCCACAGGACUUGACAGACAGCCAAGUGUCUCAGGAGGCUCUGAAUAUUUCAGCUGUUCCUGGAUCAACUGACCAGAAGACUGGGUUGCCAUCGGAACCUUCUAGUUCUGACUCACCUAGAGAGAAGCCCAUUACUUUAUACCCACAGGACUUGACAGACGGCCAGUUACCUCAAGAGGUUCUGAAAGUUUUAACUGUUCCUGGACCAACUGACCAGAAGACUGGGUUGACACCAGAACCUUCUAGUUCCUACUCACCUCGGGAGAAGCCCGUUAUUUUUUCCCUUCAGGCCUUGCCUGGCAGUCAGUUACUUGAAGAGGCUCUGAAAGUUUCAGUUGUUCUUGGACCAGCUGACCAGAAGACCGGGUUGCCAUCAGAACCUUCUAGUUCCUACUCGGCUAAAGAGAAGCCCAUUAUUUUCUACCCACAGGGCUUGACAGAUGGCCAGGUACCUCAGGAGGCUCUGAAAGUUUCAUCUGUUCUUGGACCAACUGACCAGAAGCCUGGGUUGACACCAGAAUCUUCUAGUUCCUACUCACCACAAGAGAAGCCCAUUAUUUUUUCCUCUCAGGCCUUGCUUGGCAGUCAGUUACUUGAAGAAGCUCUGAAAAUUUCAGCUAUUCCUGGACCAGCUGACCAGAAGACUGGGUUGCCAUCGGAACCUUCUAGUUCCUACUCGGCUAGAGAGAAGCCCAUUAUUUUCUACCCACAGGGCUUGAUAGAUGGCCAGGUACCUCAGGAGACUCUGAAGGUUUCAGCUAUUCCUGGACCAGCUGACCAGAAGACUGGGUUGACACCAGAACCUUCUAGUUCCUACUCCCCGUGGGAGAAGCCCAUUAUUUUCUACCCAGAGGGCUUGACAGACUGUCUGGUAUCUCAGGAGGCUCUGAAAGUUUCAGCUGUUCCUGGACCAACUGACCAAAAGAUUGGGUUGCCAUCAGAACCUCCCAGUUCCUAUUCACCUCGGGAGAAGCCCAUUAUUUUCUAUCCACAGGGCUUGACAGAUGGCCAGGUGCCUCAGGAGGCUCUGAAAGUUUCAGCUAUUCCUGGACCAGCUGGUCAGAAGACUGGGUUGCCAUCAGAACCUUCCAGUUCCUAUUCACCACGGGAGAAGCCCAUUAUUUUCUACCCAGAGGGCUUGGCAGACAGUCAGGUAUCCCAGGAGGCUCUGAAAGUUUUAGCUAUUCCUGGACCAGCUGACCAAAAGACUGGGUUGCCAUCAGAACCUUCCAGUUCCUACUCAUGUAGGGAAAAGCCCAUUAUUUUCUACCCCCAGGGCUUAACACACAGUCCGAUAUCUCAGGAGCCUAUGAAAGUUUCAGCGAUUCCUGGACCAGCUGACCAGAAGACUGGGUUGCCAUCGGAACCUUCCAGUUCCUACUCUUAUAGAGAGAAGCCCAUUAUUUUCUACCCUCAGGGCUUGGCAGAUAGUCAGUUACCUCAGGAGGUUCUGAAAGUUUCAGCUGUUCCAGGACCACCUGACCAGAAGACUGGGUUGCCAUCAGUACCUUCCAGUUCCCACUCAUAUAGAGAGAAGCCCAUUAUUUUCUACUCACAAGGCUUGACAGAUAGUCGGGUGUCUCAGGAGGCUCUGAAAGUUUCAGCUAUUCCUGGACUUGUUGACCAGAAGAUUGGGUUGCCAUCAGAACCUUCUAGUUCCUACUCACCUAGAGAGAAGCCCAUCAUUUUCUACCCACAGGGCUUGACAGAUGGUCAGGUACCUCAGGAGGCUCUGAAAGUUUCAGCUGUUCCUGGACCAGCUGACCAGAAGACUGGGUUAACAGCAGAACCUUCUAGUUCCUACUCAAACAGAGAGAAGUCUAAUAUUUUUUACCAGCAGGAGUUAUCAGGCAGUCAUCUAACUGAAGAGACUCUGAAAGUUUCAGCUGUUUCUGGAACAAGUGAUCAAAAGACUGGGAUACCAACGGUACCUUCAAGUUCCUACUCACUUGGAGAGAAGCCCAUUAUUUUCUAUCAGCAGGCCUUAUUGGAUAGACCUCUCACUGAAGAGGCUCUGAAUGUUUCACCAUCUCCUGGACCAGCUGAUCAGGAGACUGGGAUACCAACAGUAUCUUCUGUUUCUUACUCUCAUAGAGAGAAGCCCAAUAUUUUGUACCAACAACCCUUGUCAGACGAUCAGCUGGCUGUAGAAGCUCUGAAAAUUUCAGCUGUUUCUGGACCAGGUGAUCAGAAGACCAGAAAACCAACAGUUACCUCGGCUUCUUAUUCACAUAGAGAGAAGCCCAUCAUUUAUCAGCAAGAGUUUCCAGAUAUUACUGAAGCAUCUUUAAAUGUUUUCAGGGUGCCCGGACUAGGUGACCAGAAGACUGGAAUACCAGUAGUAACCUCUACUCCUUACUCACAUAGAGAGAAGCCCAUCAUUUCUUACCAGCAGGAGUUGCCAGAUCCUAAUGAAGGUACUGUAAAAAUUUUAGGGGCUCCUGGGUCUGCUGACCAGAAGACUGGGAUACGAUUUGGGUCCUCUGCUUCCUAUUCACAUAGAGAGAGCCCCAUCUUUUCUUACCAGAGGGAGUCGCCAGGUGUUACUGAAGAAGCUCUAAAAGUUUCAGCUGUUUCUGGACCAGGUGACCAGAAGACUGGGAUACAUAUAAUUCCCUCUAGUUCCUACUCAUAUAGAGAGAAGGAUGGUAUUUUUAAACAGCAGGAGUUACCAGCUGUUACUGAAGAAGCUUUAAAAAUUUUUGCUCUUCCUGGACCUGCUGAUCAGAAGACUGAGAUACCAAUAGGACCUUCUAGCUCUUGCUCACAUAAAGAGAAACUCAAGCUUUCACCUGUGACUUUACCAGAUGACCAAAACACUGAGUUACUAACAGCUCCCCUUAGUUCCUACUCACAAGGAGAAAAGCCCAAAAUUUCAACUGUGAUUGGACCAGAUAACCACACAACUCCAUUACUGACAGUUUUUCGUAAUUCCUAUUCUCAGAGAGUAAAGCCCAGUAUUUUCUUUCAACAAGAACUGCCAGAUAGACAUUGUAGUGAGGAUAUUUUGAAAAUUUCACCUAUCUCUGAACCAACUGAUGUGAACUCUGGGAUAUCAAUACCUCUUUCUAGUUCCUAUUCCCACAGAGAGAAAUCUAAUAUUUUCUACCCACAGGAAUUGCCAGACAAACAUCUAGCUGAAAAUGCACUGAAGGUUUCAACAAUUCCUGUACUAGCUGACCAGAAAAGUCUGUCACCAACAGUUCCUUCUAGUUCCUUUUCACACAGACAGAAACCAAAUAUAUUCUAUCAACAGAAUUUUCCAGAUAGACAUGUAACGCAAGAUGCUCUGAUGUUCUCAGGGGGUGUUGGGCAAGUUGAUCAGAUUACUGGGUUAUCAACAGUUACCCCUGGAACUUAUUCACAUAGUGAGAAGCAAAAACUUGUUUCAGACCAUGUUCAAAUGCUAAUAGAUAAUUUGGAUUCUUCAAACUCCAGUGUUAUCUCAAACAAUAUGCCUUUAAGUUCUCAGACUGAUGGUAGAGUUGUAAUAAGUAAACCAGAAUCUUCAGGUUUUGAAGAUGUUGGGUCUGAGGAAAUUCAAGAUACAAGCAGUGGUUCCAAAACGCUUAGAGAGAUUCGGACCCUUUUAAUGGAGGCAGAAAAUAUAGCACUGAAACGAUGCAAUUUUUCUGCUCCCCUUGUUCCUUUCAGAGAUGUUAAUGAUAUUUCAUUUAUACAAUCUAAGAAGGUGGUUUGCUUCAAAGAACCCCUCACAGCUGAUGAACCUAAUGGUGAUUUGCCUCAGAGUCUGCCAUUUACAGAGGAAAGCCCAAGCAACAAGUGCAUACAGAAGGAUAUUAGCACCCAGGCAAAUCUGAAAUGCCAGAGAGGCAUUGAGAAUUGGGAGUUCAUUAGUUCAACUACCGUUAGAAGUCCUCUACGGGAAGCAGAAAGCAAAGCCAGAGUGGCAGUAGAUGAAACCCUUCGGCAAUAUAGAGCAGCCAAAUCUGUAAUGAGAUCUGAGCCUGAAGGGUAUAGUGGAACCAUUGGGAAUAAAAUUAUUAUACCUAUGAUGACUAUCAUUAAAAGUGAUUCAAGUAGUGAUGCCAGCUCCUGCUCGUGGGACAGUAAUUCAUUGGAGUCCGUUUCUGAUGUUCUUCUAAACCUCUUGCCAUAUGCUUCACCCAAGACAAGCGUUACAGAUAGUAGAGAGGAAGAAGGUGUGCUGGAGAGUGAUGAUGCUGGUGGUAGCAGUGUAGAUUCACUGGCUGCACAUGUCAGAAACCUUCUGAAAUGUGAAUCGUCAUUGAAUCAUGCUAAACAAAUACUCCGAAAUGCAGAAGAAGAGGAAUGUCGAGUACGAGCACGAGCCUGGAAUCUGAAAUUUAAUUUGGCUCAUGAAUGUGGCUACUCCAUUUCAGAAUUAAAUGAAGAUGACAGGAGAAAAGUAGAAGAGAUCAAAGCAAAGUUGUUUGCUCAUGAGAGAACAACUGACUUGUCCAAGGGUGUACGGAGUCCACGGGGAAUAGGAUGCAAGCCAGAAGCUGUAUGUAGUCACAUUAUUAUUGAGAGCCAUGAAAAAGGAUGUUUCAGGACUCUAACUGCUGAACAACCACAAUUGGAUAGUCACCCUUGUGUUUUCAGAUCUGCUGACCCCUCAGAAAUGAUCAGAGGACAACGGAGUCCAUCAUCAUGGAGAACCAGACACAUCGACCUUUCCAAAUCACUAGACCAGAGUAACCCCCAUUUCAAAGUUUGGAAUUCCUUGCAGUUACGAAGUCAUUCCCCAUUUCAAAACUUUACAGCUGAUGACUUCAGAAUUAGCCAGGGUCUUCGAAUGCCAUUCCAUGAAAAGAUAGACCCUUGGCUGUCAGAAUUAGUAGAACCUGCUUGUGUGCCAUCUGAAGAAAUGGAUUGUCAUUCUUCAUCACAAAUGCUGCCCCCAGAACCCUUGAAAAAGUUUACUACUUCCAUCACUUUUUCAUCUCACCGACAUUCUAAAUGCUUUUCAGAUUCCUCUGUUUUUAAGGUUGGUGUUACUGAAGGUAGCCAGUGUACUGGACCAUCUGUGGGGGUAUUUAAUUCUCAUUUCACUGAAGAGCAAAAUCCUCCCAAAGAUCUAGAACAGAGAACCUCUUCCCCUUCGUCAUUUAAAAUUGUUAGUCAUUCACCAGAUAAAGCUGUGACUAUCUUAGCAGAAAGUGGUAGGCAAAGCCAAAAACUAUCUGUUGAACAUUCUCAGCAAGAAGAAAAACUCUUAGAAAGAUUAGAUUUUAAAGGCAGUGAUUCUGAGCCCAGUACCAGUGAAAAGGGUAGCAAUGUCAAGGAAGUUCAUUUUUCUGAUAAUCAUACCUUCAUUAGAAUGAGCAGACCAAGUUCCACACUAGGAGUAAAAGAGAAGAAUGUAACUAUAACUCCAGAUAUUGCUUCGCACAUUAUUCUUGAACAACGAGAGCUCUUUGAACCAAGCAAAGCCUCACAUGCAGAUCACCAUGUGAGAAAACAUUCUCCCCCUCCUCAACAUCAGGAUUACCUAGCUCCAAACCUUCCUUGUCGCAUUUUUCUUGAAAAACGAGAACUCUUUGAACAAAGCAAAACCCCGCAUUUAGAUCAUCAAAUGAGAGAGAACCACUGUCCCUUUCCUCAAAGUCAGGAUUAUAUAGCUUCAGACAUUCCUUCUUCCAUUUUUCUUGAACAACGUCAGCUCUUUGAACAAAGCAAAACCCCAGAUGUAGAUCACAUGGGAAAAUACCAUUCCCCUCUUCCUCAAGGUCAGGAUUAUACAGUAGAAAAGAAUAACCAGCAUAAGUUUAGAUCAUACAUUUCCAAUAUGAUAAAUGUUGAAGCCAAGUUCGAUAAUGUGGUGUCCCAGUCAGCCCCAAAUCAGUGUACAUUAGUAACAUCUGCAUCUACUCCGCCCUCAAAUAGAAAAGCACUUUCUUGUGUUCGUAUAACUCUUUAUCCCAAGACUCCUUCCAAGUUGGAUAGUGGAACCUUAGAUAAAAGAUUUCACUCAUUGGAUCCUGCUUCUAAAACAAGGAUGAAUAGUGAGUUUAACUCUGACCUACAAACUAUAUCUUCAAGAUCAUUGGAACCAACCUCCAAAUUAUUGACCGGUGAACCUGUAGCACAGAAUCAACAAUCUUUAGGUUUUCUAAGACCUAAAUCUUCACCGGACUUCCAAGUUGUACAGUCUCCUCUUCCAGAUAGUGAUACUAUUUCCCAGGACUUGAAAACCAUACUUUUUCAGAAUAGCCAGAUAGUAACCUCAAGGCAAACACAAGUGAACAUUUCAGAUUUGGAAGGAUAUUCCAGUCCGGAAGGGACUCCGGUAUCUGCAGAUCGACCAUCAGAGGAGAUUAAGACCCCAUUUUCUGCCUUUCCUGGAAAAUUGUCAUCUGAUGCCGUCACUCAGAUAACAACAGAAAGUCCAGGAAAAACCAUGUUCUCAUCUGAGAUUUUUAUUAAUGGUGAUGAUCAUGGACUUGAAAUUCCAGAGCCCAGUAUCCCAAAGGUGGGCAAAGUUCCUGUCAAAUUUGCUUCAUCAUCUUCAGGCCAACGGAUUACUCAUCCUCAUGGCACAGAUGCCCAGCCUUCACUGUUGCCAUAUAAGCCUCCUGGUAGUACGAGGAUGUACUAUGUUCCACAAUUGAAACAAAUUCCUCCAUCUCUGGAUUCCACAUCAGAUACCACCAUUGAGAGCUCACACUCAGGAUCCAAUGAUGCCAUUGCUCCAGACUUCCCGGCGGAGGUGCUAGGCACAAGGGAUGACAACCUACCAGUCACUGAUAACCUUAAACAUAAAGAGGGGAUCUACAGUAAGAGGGCGGUGGCUAAGACAACCUUGCCACUGGGAGCAAAACCUCCUCAGAAAGAUAAUGCAGAUGCCCAAGUUCAAGUUUCCAUCAUUGGGGAUGAGAACAUUUCAGAUAAAAACCAGAAAAAGGAGAUCUACAAUAAAAAUGCAGUGACUAAGGCUGCCCAACCUGAAGAAAAAGAACCCUUGCAGAAAACCACUGAAGAUUCUGAUGGUGUUGAGGCUGCAGAGCACUCAGCUAGAUUGCAAGACACAAAGACUGAAAGUCUACCAGACACUGAAGAUGUUAAACAGAAAGAGGAGAGCCAUACUAAGAGAACAGUUCCUAAGGAAGCCUGGACAAAAGAAAAAGAAUCCUUCCAGAUAGAUAUUGCAGAGUCCAGAUGUCAUUCAGAAUUUGAAAAUACUACCCAUUCUGUCUUCAGGUCAGCCAAGUUUUACUUUCAUCAUCCAGUGCACCUACCAAGUGAUCAAGAUUUUUGCCAUGAAUCCUUAGGAAGGAGUGUUUUCAUGAGACAUUCUUGGAAAGAUUUCUUUCAGCAUCAUCCAGACAAACAAAGAGAACACACUCGUCUUCCUUCACCUCACCAAAAUGUGGAAAAGACGAAGGCAGAUUAUACCAGAAUAGAGAGCCUCAGUAUCAAUGUAAACUUGGAAAACGAAGUGAUGCAUACUGCUAAAAGUCGGGCUAGAGAUUAUCCAAAAAGUGACAAACUAAUUAAUGAUCAAAAAAAGGAUCCUAAACUCACCCCAGAGCCAACAGCUCAGCACAGUGUGAGUUUGAAUGAACUCUGGAACAAGUAUCAGGAGCGACAGAGGCAAAAGAAACCUCCUGAGUUCAGUGACAGGAAAGAACUAUCCUUGGUGGAACGACUUGAUCGUUUGGCUAAACUUCUUCAGAAUCCCAUCACGUACUCUCUCCGGACCUCUGCAAGCACACCAGAUGAUAGCAGAGGAGAACGAGAUGUUAAGGAAUGGAGUGGUAGACAGCAACAGCAGAAAAACAAGCUUCAGAAAAAGAAGCGGUAUAAGAGCCUAGAGAAAUUCCAUAAAACUGCAGGAGAGCUUAAAAAAAGCAAGGUGCUUUCUACUCAUCAAGCUGGGAAACCCAAUCAGAUUAAAAUUGAACAGAUUAAAUUUGAUAAGUAUAUCCUGAGAAAACAGCCAGGUUUUCCUUACAGAAACAAUACUUCUUCAGAUUCUAGGCCCUCAGAGGAGAGUGAGCUGCUCACAGACACCCCCACCAACAUUGUUUCCACUACCACUUCUCCGGUGGAAUCAGAUAUGUUGACCCAAACAGAUAGAGAGGUGACUCUGCAUGAGAGGAGCAGCUCUGUUUCCACCAUUGACACUGCCCGACUGAUCCAAGCUUUUGGCCAAGAAAGAGUUUGUCUGUCACCCAGGCGAAUUAAAUUGUACAGCAGCCUCACCGACCAUCAGAGGAGAUUCUUUGAGAGGCGGAACAAGAAGAACAAGAAAGCACUGAAUACGGCUCAUCCCCAAAUGACUUCUGAGCACACCAGAAGGAAACACAUCCAGGUGCCAGACUAUGUGAUUUCUUCUGAUUCUGUUUCAUCUUCUACCAGUAGUUUCUGGAGCUCAAGCUCUACCCUUGGCAACAAGCAAAACGUACAAAUGUUAAACAAGAGCAUACAAGCAGGUAACUUGGAGAUUGUGAAUGGUGUCAAAAAACACACUCGAGAUGUGGGGAUGACUUUCCCAACUCCAAGUUCUAGCGAGGCUAGAAUAGAAGAGGACAGUGAUGUGACUUCUUGGUCAGAAGAAAAAAUAGCAGAGAAAAGACUUCUUGCCAACUAUCUUGGGGACAAAAAGUUAAGGAGGAACAAGCACAGCUUCUGUGAAGGAGUUUCAUGGUUUGUUCCCAUGGAAAAUGUGAAGUCCGGUCCUAAGGAAAACUUGCCCAAGCAUCAUGGCCCUGGUAUCUGCUGGUUUGCACCAAUAACCAACACCAAACCGUGGAGGGAACCGCUACGGGAACAGAACUGGCAGGGACAGCACAUGGACAGCCACGGGGCACUAGCCGGCCCAGGCAGAGAGCCACCGAGGCCGUUUGUGAGAGCAACGCUACAGGAAUCCCUUCAGUUUCACAGACCUGACUUCAUCUCCCGCUCUGGGGAGCGGAUAAAGCGUCUGAAGCUGAUAGUCCAGGAGAGGAAACUGCAGAACAUGUUGCAGAGCGAGCGGGAGGCCCUGUUCAACGCUGUGAGAGAACGGCAGGGCCGGGACCCUGCGCGCCCGCUUCUGCAAAGAGGCUUCCUGGAUGCCCGAAAGAACAGGCCUAUUGGGAAGAAGGAAAUGAUUCAGAGGUCUAAACGGAUUUAUGAGCAGCUUCCAGAAGUUCAGAGAAAGAGAGACGAGGAGAAGAGGAGAUUGGAAUACAAGUCAUACCGCCUGCGAGCUCAGCUCUUCAAGAAGAGGACUCUGAAAGUCAGAAUCCAAAAGACGUGUUUAUACCAGACCGAUGUGGGAUUGGAGAACUGCUUCUGGAGCACACCCGGAGCUGGGCUGGGCCGGGCCCUUCGAAGAGGGGGCCCCCAGGCACCACAUGGCCUGUCCAGUGGGUCAGCAUCACAGGCCAGGCCUCUUGUUGUGCUCAAAGUGACCAAUCAGCUCUUGGGAAGAAAAGUUCCCUGGAACUGAUAGGAGAUUAUUUUCCUCACAGUCUUGGAAUUAUAUUUUAUCAGCAUGAAGAAGCACAAUCCUUACUUUUAUGAGUCUGGUUUAAUAAAACUUAACUCUUUGUCUAUGUUUAA